AUGCUUAGCAAUUUUCGACAAAUUGUCAUUCGAACAAUUCAUCCAAGAUUAUUAAAUGGUAUUCGUUUGAGUUCAAGUGAUGCUAAUAAAUCACCUAUUGAAACAAAUGUACCUAAUGAUAAAUGGAACCUUGGUAAAAUUAAUCAUAUUGCUGUAGCUGUUCCUGAUUUAGAGAAAAGCAGUCAUUUUUUCAAAAAUACUCUUCAUGCAAACUCUGUAAGUCAACCUAUGCCACAAAAAGAACAUGGUGUUUAUACAACUUUUGUUGAUUUUGGUAAUACAAAAAUUGAACUUUUACUUCCACUUGGUGAUAAAAGUCCAAUAAAAAAUUUUUUAGAAAAAAAUAAAUCAGGUGGAAUUCAUCAUAUUUGUAUUGAAGUCGAUAAUAUUGAAGAAGCAAUUAAAGAUAUUAAACAAAAACAUAUUCGUACACUUAGUGAAAAAACUCGAAUUGGUGCACAUGGAAAACCAGUUAUAUUUCUUCAUCCAAAAGAUUGUUGUGGAAUUUUAAUUGAACUUGAACAAGUUUAA